UACUGGCUGCUUGUCAUCGAUCUACGAUAUAUAUUAUUUUAUAAAAAUGGAAUAUAAAAAAAUGAUUGUCAUUCUUCUCUAAUAAAAUCGAUGUCAUGAUUGUGUAUCUUCUAAAAUUAUUUAUUAUUUUACACAUAAAACUAUCAGAUUAAACCGAAGCUUAAACAUGGCCCUUCGAGCCGGAUAAAUAAGGAAUCGGAAUAAUAUAAUAUUGGACGGUGGAGUAACGCUAUUUUAUUAAUUAUUUUUACCCAGCACUCUCGAUUAAUAUGUACUGAGGUAAUGGUAAGCUGACCUAUUAUUGUUAACAUUGUAAAAGUUGCAGGACUGCAGCACUCGUCUCCUAAAAUGACCGACAUCAAAGUUCUUCGGCGGAAACGAGGCAGCUGUAAAGCUCGAUUAACAAUUUUUGCGACCUACUUAUCCCAUUUGACGGAUUCGGAACUGAACCCCGACCAGGUAUUGGAGUUACAAUUGCGCGUCGAUAGGUUUGGAGAAUUGUUUGACCAAUUUAAUGAUAUUCAAACUCAGCUUGAAUGUUUAUCUGAUAACUUAGAUGAAGAAAUAAUUGAAAGAUCUGCUUUUGGAUCGGAAUACUAUGCACUAUUUGCCCAGGCAAAGAAUAGGCUAAUUGUUACGAAAGCGGAUGAAGAUGAUUUCAAAACAACAAACAGCAGUUCAAAGCGUAAGGUCGCCCAAUUGCCCACUAUCAAUUUACCAACAUUUUCAGGUUCAUAUGACAAUUGGCUCGCAUUUCGUGAUACUUUCAUUAGUUUAAUCCACAAAGAUGACGACAUCGACGAAAUUAAUAAAUUUCAUUAUUUAAAGACAUCAUUGGAGGGGUCAGCUGCUGAUGUUAUCCAAUCAGUGGAUUUUAGUGCUGAAAAUUACUCGCUGGCGUGGGAUCUUUUAUGUGGUAGGUUUGACAACAAACGUUUGUUGCUUCAAAACCAUGUUUCGGCUAUUUUUGACCUCAAUCCACUAAUAAAAGAGUCAUCAAACAAUUUGAAAUCUAUGAUAGACCAAAUUAAUAAACAUAUUCGAGCUUGUGAGAAAUUAGGCGAACCUGUUAAUGGCUGGGACACAUUGUUAAUUCAUUUAUUUAGUCACAAAUUAGAUGCAAGGACAUUUCGUGAGUGGGAAGUGUAUAAAAAGCGACUUGACAAAUCUAAGUCCAUUCUUUUUAAGCAGUUUAUGGAGUUUAUGCAAGAACGCGCUCAGCUUUCUAAAACUAAAAAAUCACCUGACAUUCCGACAAAGCAUAAUGCGAAACUUAAGUCUAUGGUGUUUUUGAGCGAUAAUAUUAACUCAUUUUCUUAUAGUUUUCUUUGUCCGGAAUGUAAUGGAGAUCAUUACCUUAAUACUUGUCCACAAUUUCUAGCAUUAAGUAUUGACGAGAGAAUGUCGGUUUUGCCUAAAUAUAAAGUUUGUUAUAACUGUUUCCAUCGCGGGCACUAUCCUAAAAAUUGUAAACGAUCAGGGUGUAAAGUUUGCAAUUAUAAACAUCAUAACAUAUUAACAAUAAAUCGACGCAUCGCUCGAUUGAUAGUGGACGGUCCGAAGUGUCCCCAUCCGCGGGUGCCGACGACUGCGCGGUUACCUCUAACGCUCACUCGGUUGCACUGUCAGCAAAUCUUACUGCACAUUCGCAUACAAGCAACUCGCCCGACAUUCUUCUGUCGACUGCUUUAG